ACUGCUCACAGUCACACACCUAUUGCUCUCAGCCCUGCUCACGUGUGGGCCAGGUUACCAAAAAACACAUUGGAAGAUUAUGGACUUUAACACAAUGGAAUACGGAAUGGAAUACGAUGGGCAUUUGGUGUUGAAUAACACCUCGGAAGAGUCGGGGGACUCGGACAUUGAAAUGGACGGCUUUAUGUUGCCGUGUGUCAGGGAGCUCAGCAACAACUUCCACCGAAUAUUCAUCCCCAUCGUAUAUGGGAUUAUAUUCUUCCUGGGGGUCGUUGGCAACGGACUGGUCGUGCUCGUCAUGGGCUACCAAAAAAAGAUAAAAACGAUGACGGACAAAUACCGUCUUCACCUCUCCGUGGCCGAUCUGCUGCUGGUCCUCACGCUGCCCUUCUGGGCCGUGGACGCGGCCAGCACCUGGUACUUCGGCAAGUUCCUCUGCGUCUCCGUCCACGUGAUCUACACACUCAACGUGUACAGCAGCGUGCUGAUCCUGGCCUUCAUCAGCCUGGACAGGUACCUGGCCGUGGUGCGCGCCACCAACAGCCAGGCCAUGAGAAAACUGCUGGCCGACAAGGUGAUCUACGUGGGGGUCUGGCUCCCGGCCCUACUGCUCACCGUGCCCGACCUGGUGUUCGCCCAGGUGCGGGAGAGCGUAGACAGCGGCAUGCAGUUCAACAACGGAGCAGACACCAGGGAGGCGAUGGACUCCAGGAUGAUCUGCGAGCGCAUUUAUCCCCAGGGGUCCGGCAUCAUCUGGAUGGCCGUGUUCCGCUUUCAGCACAUCCUGGUGGGCUUCGUGCUGCCGGGUCUGGUCAUCUUCACCUGCUACUGCAUUAUCAUCAUGAAGUUGUCCCAGGGAUCCAAGGGGCAGGUGCUGAAGAGGAAAGCCCUGAAGACCACCGUCAUCCUGAUCCUGUGCUUCUUCUGCUGCUGGCUGCCCUACUGCUUGGGUAUCUUCGUGGACACCCUGAUCCAGCUGGACGUGCUGUCCUCCGGCUGUAUUCUGGACCACUGGGUGCAGAAUUGGAUGUCCAUCACAGAGGCACUUGCCUACUUCCACUGCUGCCUGAACCCCAUCCUGUACGCCUUCCUGGGGGUGAAGUUCAAGAAGUCUGCGAAGAACGCACUGACAAACGGCAGUAAGUCCAGUCAGAAGAACCUCAUGACUAAGAAGAGGGGACCCAUCUCUUCGGUGUCCGAGUCGGAGUCUUCGAGUGUUCUGUCCAGUUAAUAAACAUUCUUUAGUACAAGUACCUGUACUUGUUACUCUCAGGAGACGUACCAAAAAACUAAGCUUGUAUAUCAACGGACUAACUAGGAGUUGUAUAUGUUUGUAAAAAAAACUUGUUUAUUCUUUACUGAAAUACUGUAGCUAUUCUUGUCUCUUACGAGGUUGUUGUUUUUUUACUUUCUUUACUUUUUUUUUAUCAUCGGGCAGUGCCUGAUUCGUUCCAUUUGUCAUGUCUCUUGAUUUGCGAAAGCUGACUUUUCCAGCUGUUUUUGUAUUUUUCUUAAAUACCUCUAAUAGGGGAAGCAUUCAAACCCCGUUUGUGGUUGUUCUUGGAGUGGUUGAUGCUUAAAAAAUGUGUGUAAAUUGUGUAAAUAUAUCUGAGCAUUUGUGUGUUUGCACUUAAGAUUUGUGUUGUUAUCUAAAAGCUAUUAUUUAUUUCGGUCGCUCACACUGGAAAAAUAUGCCUGCUGCUUAUUUUUUAUCUGUACCAAAAGCCAAACGUCAUUUCAAAUUGUGUGUUUGUUGGGUUGUUUUUACAAUAAAAUAUCCUCCCGCCCCUAUAA